AUGGGACGGCAAAAGACAAAGGUUCCUGGAGAGCCAGUGGAGCCCCUGGAUACCUCUCCAGACCCAGAUCCUGACACCAGCUACCUGGCUCCCUGUAAUAAGGAGACUGUUGUGGUCACUCUGCAUGGAGCUACUGACCUUCCUGCCAGCAAUGACGGCUCUGAUCCAAGGCCGUAUGUGAUGGUAAACACCACAUCAGAGGAAGCCACCACUCACAGCCCCAAAGCAGUGACCUCUGUGGCCUCAGAACCCACCAGAACACCCAUCUGGGGGGACACAGUGAAAGUGGAGAUCCAAGCAGAGGAUGCAGGAAAAGAAGAUGUCAUCCUCAAGGUGAUGGACAGCAACAAGAAAGAGGAGCUGGUGUCCUAUACAAUACCCAUUAAAUACCUACGUGUCUUCCACCCGUACCACUUUGAGUUUGUAAAGCCUGAGAAAGUUGACGAAGCCACUGUGAAGACCCGCCUAUAUGCCACCAUGGUUCGGAAGGGCAGCUUCCUACCCCGCUACAUUGGCUGUGAUCAUACUGCUCUGGAGGUCUUGGUUCAGGGAGUCAAUGAGCCCCUGGUCAACAACCCCAGCCCUAUGGUGCUGAUUGCUCGGGUGGUUCCCAGCUAUACUGAGUUUAAGGCCAACCAGGCCAGACGGGAUCCUGCCUCUAUGGGGCUGCCCCUCACCCAGAUUUCCUUCCCUAUUUCAUCACCAAUGAACUUUGAUGUGCCUCGGGUCAGCCAGAACGGGUAUCCUCAGCUGUCCAGGCCCGGGGGACCCCCAGAGCAGCCCAUAUGGAACCAGUCCUUCCUCUUCCAAGGCCGAGAUGGAGCCACCAAUUUCUCAGAGGACACAGCGCUGGUGCUGGAGUAUUACCCUUCUGCUUCAAUGGAAAGCUGUGAACCAUGGACCCUCAAACAGCCCCUGGGUGUCUCCGUGCUACCACUAAAGUCUCGUCUGUACCACAAGAUGUUGACAGGAAAAAGCUUGAAAGGGCUGUGUGUGGAACGGCUCCCCAUCACUGACACCCACCUGAAAACCAUCAAUGGAGAGGCCCCCACAGUGAAUCUCUCCUUCCAGCUUCUUUCCUCUGAGAGGCCAGAAAACUUCUUGACACUAAGCAACAGCAAGGGUCUGCCCACCCUGAACCUGAAGAUCCUAGAUGAGAAUCUGGGUGCCAUCCGUGAGUCCUGGUCCAAGAGCUCCGCAGACUCCUCUCAGGAAGCAGAAGAGCCUCAGACAUUGCACGAGAUGGAGAUGAACAACUACCGGCGGGCCAUGCAGAAGAUGGCAGAGGACAUCCUGGCACUGAGGAAGCAAACCAACAUCCUGGAGGAGGAGAACCGCACGCUGAGGAGUCACCUGACCCAGCAGAACUUAGAAGAAGAACAGAGCAGGGCUGAAGAGGAGAAUCUGGCGGUGUCCAUGAAGCAGAGGCUACUGCUGAGCGAACUGGACAUAAAGAGGCUGCGAGACAGGGUGCAAUACCUGCAGAACGAGCUGAUUCGGAAGAAUGAUCGAGAGAAGGAGUUACUGCUUCUGUACCAGGCCCAGCAGCCUCAGGCAGCACAACUGAAGCGGUACCAGGACAAGCUGCAGAAGAUGAAGGCCCUGGAGGACACCGUGCGGCACCAGGAGAAGGUGAUUGAGAAGAUGGAGCAGGUACUGGAAGAAAGGCUCCGUGAGAGGAAGGAGCCAGCACAGCCGAGCAGGCCGCAGGGGAAGCCCAACGUGGCCUUCCCCGUGUUCACCACCUCUGGCAUUCACCUGGGCCCCACGGGAGAGAACGCGGCUGUCGAUCUUUACUCCAUACUGCUGGCCGAAAACACAAGGCUGCGGGCAGAGUUGGAAAGGAACCGCCAGCAGUCAGUCCCCAUCAUCCUGCAGCAGCAGGCCCUGCCGGAUCUCCUUGGUGGUACUUCAGACAAGUUUAACCUACUGGCCAAGCUAGAACAAGCUCAGAGUCGGAUCUUGUCCCUGGAAAACCAGCUUGAGGACUCAGCUCGCCACUGGGCACGAGAGAAGCAAAACUUGGCCAUACGGCUUCAGGAGCAACAACAUGGUUUUGGACACCCGUCGAACUCCAUCAUCAUAGACCAGCCUAAUGCUGGAGUGGCCAAGGAUCCCCAACAGUCCUCCAAACUGGAACCCUCACUGCCCAACUCAGACAUGAAGUUCAACAGACCCUCAAACUCCAAGAUUGAGACCUCUUACUCCCAGAAGACCUGA